AUGAAUGUAGUGAGUGAAGAUAUUAGAGAUGAUGUAGUGAAGAGAUUAGAGAUGAAUGUAGUGAAGCUAUUAGAGAUGAAUGUAGUGAAGAUAUUAGUGGAUGAGCGUAGUGAAGAUAUAGUGAUGAGCACGAGAGAAAAUGAUGCUUGUGCUGAACACCGGUGUGAAAAUGGUCAGUGCCGUGCCCGUCAGCAUAAUGGUGGUUAUCGAUGUAGGUGCAAGAAAGGAUGGAGUGGCAAGUUCUGUAAUAAAGACAGUAAUGCAUGUUCAGCCAAUAAGUGUGAAAAUGGCAGAUGUCGACCACGCCGUCGUAGUGGUGGUUACCGAUGCCGGUGCAAGAGGGGGUGGAGCGGCAAAUACUGCAAUGAGCCUCCAACUUGCCGGAGGGAUAGACAAAGAGCUUUUGUAUUUGAUUAUGGCUGCCGUUCUCGAUACCGCAUCAAGCAGUUUACCUGUGAUGGUAAAUGUGGGAAAGACUGUUGUCAGCCUAAACGAUACCACAAGAAACGGGUAGCGAUGAUUUGCAAUGAUGGAACUAAAUACACAAAGGAUGUUGAUAUCAUUCGCAAGUGUAGAUGCUCACGAGAUUGCGAUGGCAUGUAAUAUAUAAAAAAAAAGAAUUUUUGCAGACUUACAGCAAUGUGCAGACUAACUAGUUUCAAGAAAUCUUUUUUGUAAAGGUGUAAAUCAGUACAUACUACAUAAAUACACAAAACAUAGUAUAUUCAUGGUACUUACAGUGCGGGUAAAUUAUUAAAUCAUACAAGUUAUUUGCUAGGUACAGAUUGUGUGGAGGUAGAAUGGAGUUACAUGCUUAUAUUAUAGCAUUUAUUAUAUACUCAACCUCAAGCUUUACGUGCAGUGAACAUAUUUGUGUACAUAGUCAUACUAACAAUUAAAUGUUCAGAUUUCUCUGAAUUAUGAUUAGCUUUAUAUAUACAGUAUAUACUGUAUAAACACACAGACACACAGACAGACACACACAGACAGACACACACAGACAGACACACACAGACAGACACACACAGACAGACACACACACACACACACAGACAGACACAACACACACACACACAGACAGACACACACACACACACACAGACAGACACACACACACACACACAGACAGACACACACACACAGACAGACACACACACACAGACACACACACACACACAGACACACAGACACAGACACACACACACACACAGACACACACACACACACAGACACACAGACACACACACACAGACACACACACACACAGACACACACACAGACAGACAUACACACACACACACACACACACACACAGACACACAC